CGAUAUUCAAUAAGAAUAUACCCACCAUUUCCCCAAAAAGAAAACAACAAACAAAGGUAUAAUAAGCUAGCCAGUAGUAGCAGAGGAUAACAUCAUCAAUCGGGCAACCCAUAAACUUUAGCUAAAAUCAACGGUCAACUCAUCUUCCUUGCUCUUCUAUGUUGGAUCUCACUUCUUGAAAAAGAUGUCUUGGAAGAGCAGUAGCGGGGAACAGAAUGGUGGGCGAUUGCUGCGUGACAUUGAAGAAAUUAGUAAAGCCCUUUAUGUACAUAAAACCCCUCAGAAGGCUUCAACUUUUCAAGCAGAUCAUGGGCAUGAUUCUUUUGGCGAUACCCAUAUCUCUAGAUCCAGUUCCAAUGUUGUAUCUGAUGACAUGCUGCAUAAACAGAAGAAAUCAUCAAUGUGGAGUUGGAAUCCAUUAAAGGCUCUAACUCAUAUCCGCCAUCGACGGUUCAAUUGUUGUUUCUUUCUUCAUGUUCAUUCCAUUGAAGGCUUGCCUGUCAAUUUCAAGGACCUUGCUUUGUGUGUAAACUGGAAACGUAAGGGUGAAGUGAUGAGAACUCGCCCUGCUCAGGUUUGUCAGGGAACAGCCGAGUUUGAAGAGACUUUGACGCAUUCCUGUUCUGUAUAUGGAAGUAGGACAGGACACCAGCAUUCAGCAAAGUAUGAGCCUAAACAUUUCAUGCUUCACGUUUCUGUGAUUGGGGCUCCAGGCCUUGAUAUUGGCAAACAUUGGGUUGAUCUUACGAGGUUGCUUCCACUAACCUUGGAGGAGUUAGAGGAGGGAAGAAGGAAUUCAGGGAAGUGGACCACGAGCUUCAAGCUUUCAGGAAAGGCUAAAGGUGCAUUGCUGAAUGUUAGUUUCGGAUUUUCUGUAUUAGGGAGUAACUCGAUUGAACCUAGUCAAUUCGUACAAGCCAUCAAAUCUGCUGCAAUAGAUCAUUUCUCAGAAUGUGAUGGGACUAGUGGUAAUAGAAUGCUUCGGAGGGUUGGAAGUGUUCCCCGCAAGCCUGCUGGUAUGACUCAUUUUUCAUCUAGGUCACUGGAUGCGAGAAGUUUUGAUGAAGUUUUAUCAGACCAAAAAUCAGAACUUUCUCGAUCUAUUACCUUUCUGUAUAAAAAACUUGAGGAAGGAAAAUUGGAGAAAUUGGAUGAAUUAGAUUUCUUAUAUGAACAUUUAGAACCCUUAAAACCAAGCUCUGGUGCUUUGUCUCAGUCUUAUGCUGAAAGUACCAGGGAUGAUCUACAUAUUGAGUUUACUGUCAGUGAGCUGGGUAUGGAAUCUUCUAGGAAAGAGCAGUUGAAACCAGAAGUAUGUUCUUAUGACAGUUGUGAUGAUACUUCAAUAGAAACUACUGAUGUUGCUUACAUUUUGGAGGUUACAAGUAAUGAGAAAAGUGAAUACAAUCAAAAGCAUGAAAGCAAUGACGUUUACGAAGGAGAACAUACGAUGAAGAGCAGCAACUAUGAGGAGACUGAUGUGUGCGAGGAUGGAACGUUUGAAGAGCUUGAAUCGAUUUUCCUAGACCUGUUGACUGCUGAGUCCGUAGAGUUGGAUUCACCAGUAGAAAUCUUUGAUUCCAUUGACCAAGAAAACUACAUGAAUCUGAAGUCCAGCUAUAAAUCCAGUAGGCGGGUGAAAUCACUUAGCCUAGAUGAUGUUACAGAGUCUGUGGCAAAUGAUUUUCUAGAUAUGUUGAACAUUGAGCAGACGUCAAUUGACUUGAAUUUUGAUAGUUGUCCGGAUUCACCCAGAGAAUGCCUUUUGAGACAGUUUGAGAAGGAGGCCCUUUCUUCUGGAAACCCAAUUUUUGGUUUUGAUGCAACAGAUGAUCAAGUGGAAUUCAGUGGCAUUGCUUCAAGUGUUCAUGGAAGAGUUGCAUGUUCUGAUGACUUUGAUUUGUCAUCGGUUAUUAAGGAUUUUGAGAUGGAGCACUGGCGGGGUACCCAGUCAUUGAGGAGUAAAAGGAAUGCAAAAAUGAUAGAAAACUUGGAAACUGAGGCUUUGAUGCGAGAUUGGGGUUUGAAUGAGAAAGCAUUCCAGAAUUCACCACGCACCAGCUCUGGUGGGUUUGGAAGUCCAAUCUAUCUUUCCCCUGAAAGACCAUUAGAAUUACCUCCUCUUGGGGAGGGCUUAGGUUCCAAAAUGUGCACGCAUAAUGGGGGCUUCUUAUGUUCAAUGAGUCCUCAACAUUUUAGGAAUGCAAGAAAUGGUGCAAGGUUGACCAUGCAGUUUUCCAGUCCAGUUGUGCUCCCUGCUGCAAUGGGUUGUGGUGCUAUGGAAAUACUCAGCUGCUGGGCAUCUGGGGGAAUUUCCAAAAUGUACGGAUACACUGAUGCCUUUAGAAGAUAUCACGGGGAGGAAUAUACAAGAAAUGGCCUGGGAAGCCAGAUCCAGAAUUGAACCAGAUGAGAGGUUCACUUUUUGGCAUGGCUUAUUUGGUAUGAAGAAGGACAGUGAAGGUCUGUUUUUACAUCGGAGUUCUGGUCAUCUGAAUUCAACCUCAAUAAUUGAUGAUGUAGAUUUAGGU